CUGCUGCAGCCGGUGACUAGAAUGUAGAACUUACGCUUCGAACAAAUAUGAAAAUUGGAUCUUGAGCAUGAUCAAGACAAAUGUAUUCCUAAUCAAGAAGACAUUGACAUGGGUGGUGUAAAUGUUGGAUCUUUCUAACGGAUAAGGACUUUGCAUUGUAACGAUGAGGCCAAAUUUCACUGUUGUGACAAAGGCAGCAAACAGUGCCAAGAUUCAUGCAGUUUUCUAUGAUGACGCGCACUGCCAUUCAGAAGCUUGCGAUACCAUUAAUUAACUGUGUUGUUAUGUUACCAUGUAAAUUUUAAUGAAAAUAACACAUUGUCGCAUGUGCACUAUGGCAGCCGUGGAAGAGUCGUUUUUGUUCUAUGGAUAUAAGUCCUAGAUUGUCAAAUACUUUCAUAGGUCGGACCGUCAUUUUACCUUUUGUGGUAUAAUCGGGAAACGAGAAUCGUGGAUAAGGUCUGGUCAAAAUGGGAAACAAACAAUCCUGUUGUAUUUACCACAGCCCCAAAGGUGGGCGAAAGUCAAAGAGAGAAGAGAUAUACCAGCCAUCUCAAGAGGAAACUCAUAUGCUGCCUCAACCACAGAGCACUGCAUCAUUACCUGGUGUGCCACACAUAAGUGAGAGGGAACCAGAAGAAAUUGAUGCUGAUCCAUCCAACAAUCCUAUUGCUAGACCACUGUUCUCAACACGCUCUGAAAAUGAAGUCCAGAAAAAUAAUAAGAUGAGGAGGAGAAGUCAGAUUAUCACCACAUCAGAAGGCCACCAUCACGUAGUGGACGAGUAUGGACAGCUGAAGAAAUUCAGCUCGUGUUCCACAAUAUUCAUCGAUGACUCCACAGUGUCACAGCCCAAUCUGAAGAACACAAUCAAAGCAGUAGCUCUUGCCAUCUACUUCCACAUCCGGAACCGUGAUCGGCUCAUGCCUCCUCACAACGCAGAAUCACAUAUACAGGAUAUAUUUGAUGAGAAAAAACACCCUUUGUCUAAGGAACCUGUCCCAGAUGACUACAACAAGAGGGACCCUGAACACAAGACGAUAUAUCGAUUUGUUAGGAACCUGUUCAGUGCUGCCCAGCUCACAGCAGAAUGUGCAAUAGUUACCUUGGUGUAUUUGGAAAGACUUUUAACCUACGCCGAGAUAGAGGUUUCCCCAGCAACGUCGCGGCGAAUCGUUCUUGGUGCCAUCCUUCUUGCUUCCAAAGUAUGGGAUGAUCAGGCUGUGUGGAACGUGGACUUCUGUCAGAUUCUCAAAGAUGUUGCUGUAGAAGACAUGAAUGAACUAGAACGGCAGUUUUUAGAGUUGCUUCAGUUCAACAUCAAUGUACCAUCAAGUGUCUAUGCCAAAUACUACUUUGACCUUCGAUCUCUCGCUGAUGCUCAUGAUUUGGUCUUUCCCCUGGAGCCUCUCAGUAAAGACAGGGCCCUCAAGUUGGAGGCUAUGUGCAGUGUGUGCGAAGACAAGGUUCGUGCCUGGCAGAAGACGGGGAAGAUCCACCGAACUGCUAGUCUAGAUGGCUUAUCAGUGUCAAAUAGAGGCAGCAAAGCCAUCCUCUCUUGAUCACCAGUGUCAUUACUUAGUCGUAAAUUUAAUUUUGAUUGGUCAAUCAGGAUGAUCGACAGGUGACAAUCAUCAUGAAUGCCCUGUGAAUGUGUCUGCCCACAGGCUUUAAAUAUUUUAUAUAUGUAACUUAUCACUUGGCAGGAAGUUCACUUGCAGUGAAAUGCACAUGCAACAUACAAGAUACUGGCAGUGAAUCAUAGGCAGGAUUAGGUAUGAGGUAGGACCACACUGAAAUGUACAUGAUAUAUACUACAUAUUGUAAGCUGCUUCUAGGAAUCUUGAAUUUGAACAAAAUGUAUGGAGGAUAUUGCUCAGUGUUAUUAGUACUUUUUGUUCUGUCAGUGUUUUUGUUGUUAAUGAUAUCACAGGUUGUGGUCGUUCCACGACAGAUAUUCACAGCAAUGUAUGCCAAAAACAUGGGACUUUGUUGACACAGGUAAUGGAAGAAGUGUUUGGAUGUAUUAGUGAUAUUAGAAAUAGAACUGAUGUAAUGAUGUAGGAAGUAUUAAGAUCAUUUAUAUAUAUUCUCACCUCAUCAGUCAUCAGCUUCUAGUGUUGAUAUAUGUGAUGAAAACAGCAAAUCAACAUUGCUCAUAAGUAUACAGGAACCAAACAAGAAUGUCUCCUCAGCCUUAAGGCCUUCCUUUUUUUAGUGGUUUGUUUACAAAUAUAUGCUGUUUCAUUGGGCAUUUUUGUGAGUUCUGACAUGAAUUUUAACGUUUUAAUAAGUUUUACCUUGCAAAGAUUCAAACGUUGCUGAGAGUAUCAGCGAAGGUACAGAUAGUAUUUGUUGUGGGUGCAUGUCAUGGAAUGAUGGAUGAUUUACAGGUGAUUGAGUUUGGAUUACAUUACAAGCUAACUAAAAACAAUUGCCUUCCCUAAGUGUAUGUUAUUUCAAGGACAUUCCUCCCAAAAUAAUUGUCUCACAUGACCCACCAGAGAACCAAAAUAUCAAAUCUGAAAUCAGGCAAAUGGUAUUGUUUAUAUGAACAAUACCAUUCUGUUGUCCCCACUUCGUCAAGACUCUUUUAAUAUUGUACAUCUUCCCACUUAUCCAUGUUGUUUUUCUUUUCCACCCAUUGCUCUUAUUAAGUGACCAGUAAACAUGUUGUGUUAUAAAGUUGUGUUUGCUGAUAAGACAAUUUCACAAGCAGAAUGUAAUUCAACCUUCAAGAUAUAUUUCUAACAUCCAAGUAUAUGUAGAUCGCUAUAGUAAGGGAUAUAACUUUUUGACAUGUCAGUAAAAGAAACAAUUAUUUCAGCAAAGUUGAUCAAGCACUUAUUUAUUUCAUUGUAACUUUUGGGGCAAAAAUCUGGACUACAGUGAUUAGAAGGGUCUAAACCUCACACUGAAUUCAGUGGUAAAUUUGUUGUUCCAUUGUUAUUUAUUGUCAGAAUUAUUAGGAGGAAUUUUGUGAUAAAAUGUAAGCAUUUGUGUAGAACACAAACUUUGCAUGUUACGUUUUUGGGUAAUAUGAUAAGAGCAUGUGACAAAGUCCACAACUGAAUUGUAAUAGUUGUUUGACCAACUGAAUAUAUUUUGACCUGACGGAAAACACCCCCUACAAAUGAACAUUAGGUGUGCAACUUUUGUAGAAGAUAAAAAUCUCACAAACCGAUUGAUAAAAAGCAUUUUUCUUAAUCUUUUACUAUCACACGGCUCAUUUGAUUUUGAUUGAGACAACAGUUUCUAUGAUUUAAUGGUUACAACUGCUUGUUGUAACUCAUAGCUUUGAUGUUUGCUCAAAAUGAGGUGAUGAGGCUAUGACAAAUGAAUAAUUUGUUCUCCUGAAUUGGAAAAUCUAUAUUUAUGAAGGGAAGGUGGGGUAGCCUAGUGGUUAAAGCGUUCACUCGUCACGCCGAUGACCCGGGUUCAAUUCCCCUGCUGGGUACAAUAUGUGAAGCCCAUUUUAGUGUCCCCUGCUGUGAUAUUGCUGGAAUAUUGCUAAAAGCAGUGUAAAUCCAUACUCACUCACUAUAUUUAUGGCAGUAUGCUUUCUUAUAAAGAAAUGACUUGUGUGUUGUCUGACUUGCAUACACCUACUGAUGAGUCUGUCUAUUGUUACAGUUGUCCCAAAUAUACUUCAGAUAUUUUUUGCCCUAUGUCACCAAGGUGUAAGUUUCAAUGAAUUUGGUUUCUUAUAAAUGAUAAGAUUUUGAUGAACAAAUUACUGUUUGGUUAUGGCCUUACAACCUUUGGAGAGAAGUUCAGUAUCUACUGGUUCACACUUUGGGUGCACGAGUAGGGAUUGUUUGGGGACCAGAUGUAUUAAAGUGUAAGAUUCAGGUAACACUUCAUACAAUUGUUUGGGGGAUUGUUGUGGAUAGAUAAAGAAAGUUGUAGUCAUCUGGGUCUGUGUUGGCCAUAUCAUGGGUUUCAUUCUUGAACUACAAGGGACCAAUAUAGGAGGAUUCCUACUAAGUUUCAGUAUAUGGGGAGAUGGGGUGGAAUCAUGUGGUAAAUAUUACAUCUGAUUGUGAGUAAUGAGAUAGCAUUGACUGGGUGCUGUAGAUGUUAUGGUUUGAAGAAUAAGAUGCAGUAAAAUGAAAUAUGUUGCAUCGCGGUGACGUCAUCCAGUGAGUAGACUGACCAAGUCGUUGACCUUAACUUAGGUCUUUAUUAUUUACAAGAAGAUAUGUCUGGUUCAAAUAUAACAACAGAUGACAUAUCUCUCAGCUUAG